AUGCCUAGCGACACGCGCCCAACACAUUUUGGCACACAACCUGACCACCUCGUUGACCCUGAACUCUUGCGUCAAUUGAAUGCUAAAAGAGAUGUUCUUGUGAACGCAUAUGACCAAAUCGCUCAAGCGCUUAGAUUUGCUGCAAAAGCCUGUGAUGAAUUCCAAUCUUUAAUCCCAAGGGAUGUAGGUAUUGUUCCCGGAGAUGGUCACAUGAGUGGAUCCGGCCACUCUUUACACCAAUCAAGAAAAUUAAAAAAGUCUCAGAUAAAAGAUCCAAAUGCUCCAAAACGUCCAAAUACGGCUUAUAUUUUGUUUAGCAAUGAAAUUCGCGCUGAAACAAAAGCCGAUAACCCAAAUGCAAACCAAAAAGAAAUUGUUUAUGAAGACCGCUAUUUUGCUGACAAGGAACGAUACGAUGAGGAACUUCGUGUAUAUAGAGCGACCCAUGGGCACGUAGAAUCACCCCCUGAAACUUCUUCCAAUGAAGAUAACGGUGAUCAUGGUGCUGCCUCAGCUUCCAAACUUGUUUCUAAUGCACCAAAUGUUUACGUUCCCCAUUUGGGUCCUAUUUCCACAACUUCUGUUGGUGCAAUUCAAGGUGAUGUUAGCACAAUGCCUAUUUCGGUACCACCAUCAGAAACAGAAAACACUGCCUUGUUCGAAUCUUUCAUUGGUGCAUUCCCAACAGGGGAACAGCAAGAUGCGUUUGCUGCGGCAAUAGCAACAUCAGUUGAAGCUAUUUCUGGUUCACCUUCUAUUGCGACAUCUACUUUAAAUAAGCGCACCUCUCCUGAAAUCGAUUCUGCCAAUGUAUCAAAACAAGUUGAUGAGGCGCCUGCUGCAAAAAGAACACGUGCCUCGAAAAAAGCCAAUGAGGAAGAU